UUGCACCAAUACAUACACCAUUACAAAUGGAGGUGAAUAUCACCAAGUCACUAGGCAUUCUUCUUCUAAUGUUCUCAUGCUUCUCCUUGGCCCUGGCUGUUCCUCACAACCAAGAUUUGGGCUUAGACUUCCUUGUUCCCCACAACAAAGCGAGAGCCCAAGUCGAGGUGCAACCUCUCACAUGGAACAUGACAGUAGCGGCCUACGCACGUGGGUAUGCAUACCAUAGGCUAGGCGAUUGUGACAUGGAGCACUCACAAGGACCUUUUGGCGAAAACCUAGCAGAAGGUUAUGGUGACCAAUUCACUGCAACCGAUGCUGUCAACAUGUGGGUCGGAGAAAAACAAUACUACGAGUAUGGAUCAAACUCGUGUGUCGGUGAUGAGUGUCGUCAUUACACACAAGUGGUUUGGCGUGAUUCCGUUUAUCUUGGUUGUGCUAAAGUUAAGUGUCGUAAUGGUUGGUGGUUUGUUAUAUGUAGUUACGAUCCUCCAGGGAAUUAUGAGGGCCAACGCCCCUACUAGUUAUCCUAGAUGCACCGCCUAUGUGGAUUAACGAUCUUAUUUAUGGGCAUUGAUUCAUAAUUAUCUUUGUGUUCGUAACCCUUGUUGUCUAGAUGAUAAAAACAACAUGGAUAAAGUAGAAUGAUAUCGUAUGUCCUGUUAUGCAAUUCCUAGUGAUAAGUAAAUGUGAUUUUUGUGAGUUAUGCAAUUCCUUUUUGAUGUUAGUUAUAACCACCUCUACUGUUGUCUUUUA